GCUGCAUUUCCAGCGUGCCACCCCAUAUAAAACCGUGACCGGGGCGCGAUACCAACAGGUGAUGCCGAAGGAGGAGGACACUCCCUCGAGCGACAUCGUCGAGAGUCUCCCCUGAGUCCUGCCGCCGUCGCCGUCAGUGAUUUACUACUCACGAGCCUAUCGUUUGUUCCUGCCUCUCUCUGCGGAUCGCCGACGACUCGCCGCGGCCGACGACCACCAGGACCCAUCAUCCGAAGGCUCACGAGAGCAAACGAGCCGAACAUCGGAUCCUCGUGCUCGCCGCGGAUCAACGGCAGAGGAAAAGCGGAGGGACCGUCGGCGAGAGAGAGAGAGAAGCAGCGAAAGUUUCGGUCGGUCGGUCGAUGAUUUAGUGGGCAGGUCGCUUAACAGUGCUUCUCUCGCGACUCCCGACGCAGCUUCCCGCGCGCGCGUUCGCCCUCGCGAGAGAACUCCGGAGGAACCUGAUCGGGGCGCAAGCUGGGAUGAGCGCGAGAUCGAUUCGCGACAUACGAUGAUCAAGUGUCCCCGUCCUCGCAUUGGAUUCCGCCAAGGUGAGCGACUUUGAAAUCUUUCAUGAGCGAUCCUCCGUGGCGACGCACGGGUGAUUUUCGUACGUGUACGCAACGCGACGAUAACUGCGUGGAACGAGCGAAUUUCCCUACCACUUCUCAUGCACCGGCUGUCCCUCUGGCUCCAAUUAAUUGUUGAAAUUUCAAAUUCAGAUCUACUUCUCCUCGAGAUAGUCUUUCACUAUUCGAUCGGUUUUCUACGCGCACACACAGGUACUUAUCACGAUACAGAAAUACCGGCUACAUAAAUUGGAAAUGAACUUUCCAAAGGAGCUCGUGACGGUUCAAAGGGAGUAUCUGUGAAAGGGAAUUUUCUUACACGGAGACACAAAGUACGAAUACAAUGAGAUUACGCGAUUGCGCGGGCGAGACCGACGAACGGCGUGGACGCAAGACGAAUGUGGCAACAAAAAGGACAGGAAUCAUUCCGUGAGAUAGAAAUGUCUCCCCGUCAUCAGAAAUACAUAUUAAAGCGCUUUUCCAGAAAUACAUAAAGGGAUCUGAAGAGCAUUGUGGUGGGACAGGAUAUUUCACUGUUCAACGGUCAGUACGCGACGGACAUCUUCACUUUAUAUGUAAAAUCAUUGAUUUCCUCUUGUCGCUUCGACAAUUCAGAAUCCGAUUGCGUUGCUACACGGAUUUAUUAAUAACCGAAACCAGAUUUCUCUUUCUCUUCUACGAUUUUUCCUCCCUCUCAUUUUUCUUCCAUCCGUCCGUUGCCCGCGCUGAAGCUAUUAAUUUCGCGUUGAAUAUAUAUCUAGAAGAUACACUCCCGAGAUUAAUCCAUCAGUGCUGUCGGCUCAACGCGACCCACGUUUCGCCAAUGAGCGAAGACGCAAAGGCAGCUUGAUUCCGAGCGAGCAUAAUUCGAGUCGACACCAACCGACUCCAAUAUAGAGCGCAAUAUAUUAAACACGCCGGUGAUCCGGAGCGUAUUCGUGAAUUCGUAAACUACCAGAGGAAAAGUAAUGCAGAGGCCAAUUUAUGGAAAUUGGACCGAAUAAUCAACGUUGCGCUAUAACACGAUCCACGUCGUCGGGAAAGCAAUCGUCCAUUCGGACAAUACGUGUCUCUAGAAAUGGGCGGUUUCAUUACACCGCGGAGGAUGACAAGAGUGAAAUGACGAAGCGGGAAACGUGGCGCGAGGAAACGAACCGCCCUAGCUAUCGUCAUGUUUUCUUAGUACGCUGGCACUGCGUACGCAACACGUGUUGGCAUAAAAAUAAAACCACGCCGACGGCUUCCCCGGCACGGCGCCUGAAAUUUCCAGGUUCAUCGAGCCACUUUGUUGAUUAGCAGUUCGGAUUACACGCGCUAACCUUUGCUGCUAUGUAACUCAAUCGCUUGAAAGUGAAACCUUAGUCGGAAACGGAUGGCUCGUUAAUUUUGAUACAGCUUUUAUUCGAAUAUCUGGCUCAUCGGUAAAGAAAGAGAGGGAAGAGGAAGAAAGGAAAGAAAGACAGAGAGAAAAAGAAAGAGAGAGAGAGAGAGAGGCAGGAAGACAGAGGAGAGAGACACCGCAAAUGGGCGACAAUAAUCAAUCGCCGAGCGUGGUUUCUUGGGUCGCGAAACUUGGUGGAGCGUAAACGAGAUGCUGUGACAACGGAAAACAGAAGAAAAAGAAAGAAAGUAUGCCACAAGGAAGCAUUCAAUGGCAGGGGACGCAGAGAAGAGCCUGCGGACCUGGGGCUAACUGGAACGUACAGGUGGUGAGAGGCAAGGUGACAACGCGGUGCUUGUGGCACGCCUGCAAAGCUCUCGGAAUUGGGCUGCUGCUAAUGCUUUUAGGAGCUUGCAUGGCGACCAUAGGAUAUUACGCGGAUCAACUGUCGGUGGCGCAAGAGAUCAGAGGUAAUCUUACGAUAAAAGUGAAGAACGAAUCGCGCGGGUUUCACCUGAACAAUCUGAGCUACGCCGGUCCCAUCGUUAUGGGUGUAGGAGGCUUCAUUGUGGUAGCUGCCUGCGUAAUGACCUUCGAGGCUCGUGAUAGCGCCGCCAAGGUGGUGCCGGCUCGUUUCCGCUUCAGUCAGACGUCUACACUCAAGAGCUCAAAGAGCCAACGCAACAGAAGAUCGACAUCGAGCCAGACGACAAAAUGGGACCACCAGCUGGGACUUUUCAGAGUAAACCGCAGCCCGAGUCCCAGCACGCACGAAGUCUCCAGGAAACAGCUGACGGCGGAAUUUAUGCAAUUCUCGAAGGACUUGAAGGAGAAGGGAGUGGCACACGCCAUAAAGAAGAGUCCGAGUGCUCCAACGUUGAUCGACAAAAAGUCACCACGUCGAAAAUCGCCCAAGUACGCCGCUUGCUCGCUACUAAAUCCGGAAUUGCUGCAAAGACACGCUCUCUCGGUCGACAAUCCGAGCUACAGCCCGCAUCAGAUCAGUAGGGAGAGUCUGGAGCAUCAGAAGAUGAACGGUAGCCAAGUCUCAAUGGCGAUGGAUCUACAUAUUCCGAACAAAGGUCCCGUUACGCUCAAAGUGAAAGACCGAUCCGAUACAGCGAGACGUCAUCAGCUACUGCGUCAGACAAAAGUGGAGGACGUCGAGGAAGUCGACGAAGCCAUGCGACAACCACCAACUCUCGUACAUUCGCCUAAAUUGCCAGGUACUUAUUGCAGAUAUCCAGACGACUUCGUGCCAAGGAAGAGAAACUCGAUAGACCUGAGAUUGCUAGAGGAAUUGACAGCGGUGUCAAAAGAAUUGGGUAAGGUCUCGCCGCGAGACUUCCGAAAGAUCUCAUCACCCAACUUCCGUAAAAUGUCCUUCGACAGAAUCGGCGGUGAUCGUCGCUUUGACAGAACGAUGGGACAUCGAAAGGCCAGUCUGGAGUUCCGAAGAAGCCCCGACUUCCGAAGAGGAGACUACAGGAAGCUCUCGAUCGAUAGAUUCAGCGUUGACUGUACCCGGUACAUGCUCGACGAGACUGAGAUGAGAUCGCGAACGAGCAGCGGGGAGAAUCUGCGAAGGCAGUCGCGACAUCCUAAACUGCACCAUUCCAGAUCGGACGACAACAGGAGACGAUCUUUCGAUAGGCAUCCGAGAGACUCUCAAUCGAGUAGACACUCUCUAAACACUCAGGCCGUCGUGGAGGGUUCCGGGUGUGAUUUUGAGCACAAGUACUUCACGACGGUGUCCCUCGACACCGAAGAGAGCCGCGGUGACAAUUCUGACGAAAGUCACGCGGUUGAUAUCGAGGAUACAAAUCCCGGCGCUGCGUCGUCAGACGGACCUACAGAGGCCGACAUGUUGCUCGAGGAACCGGAACUAGAGUACGUCACGGAGAUCGACGUGGAGAGUUCCGGCGAUGAUCUUGACGACGACGACGACGACAAGUGCAGAACGCUGGUCGAGAGAACAGACGCAAUGGUGCAUGGACAAAGUCCCAUAAUCAUCACCGAGGUCGCAGACCCACCGACAAUUAUCGACGAGGAGACAGCACGCAAUUCUGCUCGGCAAACAGAUAGUAAGAAAUACGAAGCGACCUUGUACAUAGAGGAUGACGAAGUAUGAAGAGAACCAAAAAUGUACUUGGGGAUUAACGCAGCACUCAGGAUAACCUGAAGAAACUAACGACAUUCGCGAAGCGCAAUUGAGAAUUGACAGCAUUGCUGGAAAUUCCCUCGCGAGAUUACACGAGGAAUUAGCGAUUGUCUUUUGAACGCGGCGCGACUCGACAUCGCGAAACAUGCUCAACGAUAUAAGAUUUAACACAGCAUAAAUAAUGAGAUCACGUUCGAAUUGCGUUUUGUAACGAGACAAUCGUUUUCUAUCAGCAGCCCGCGUCGCCCUCUGUGGAGAGACGACGAGCGUAAUAACAUUUGCCACGUUGAUGACAAAUAAUUGUUACCGACAAAUUUUGACGUAGCGCAUAGACAGUAAUAGAUCUAAUGUAAGGUAGAAUUCAUUGAAAUACAAGUGUGAUUACGCGUAUCAAAGAGCUUUUUGUACUCGUAAUUGAGAACGUAAACGUAAUAUAACGUAACGUUCGCUUGUAAAUAUUUCGAAGGCACGUGUGGCGCGAUUCAAAAUGGAUUAAGGGUCGUAAAAAGUGUAACGUUAUUCAAAGUAUCUUAGCACACACUAAUUUUGUCAAAUUUCCGAAACGCAAAAACAGAUUCACAAUUCGGAAUGCUACUUUUUACUGAAUUAUGAAAAUAGAAUUUUAAUAGACUUCUAAUUUAUUGAAAAUUUAUGAAAGAAUGUGUACAAAUAGCAAUGUGUCAAAUACGUGAUAACCGAAAAACUCUGCAUAUACCUUACGACACGCGGGUUAAUGUUUUAAAAGGUAUAAGAAUACGGAAUGCACGUGAUGGAUCAAGAUUUCAGCGUAUAGCACCGAAAGUAUCUUUAAGACUCUUCUCUAAAAACCAAGCAUGAAACAUAUAUGAGAACUGAACGUUUAUAGAUCUCAGGUCUCCUCUAAUCUGUUGUUAAUGCGUUUGCCACGAAAUUUACGCGAGAAUGCGGCCUAUUUCAUGCUUGUUCGUUGAACGUUAGUCGACGAAAAGUCAUAGAUCGUACGUAAAUUUGACGAGCGCGACGACCUCGGAACAUCUUUCGAUACAUUUGGCUCGACCAAUGAGAGAAAUGAAAUAUACAAAAUUUCUACUAAAGUCCGACAUUCUCUACUUUGCAACGGCGUCGAGCGUAACAGUUAUUCGUGAUGAAGUGACGGCUUAGCCGCGCGUGUAAUAUAUUUUUAUAUCCACACAGCGAUAUACAUAUAUAUAAUAGCUCAUAUAAUGUUGAUUAUAUAUUAACGAUCCAACAAUAUCGACAAAAUCGAGAUCGUUCUCGUUUUGACAAGCGCCUGGCUUGAAGAAAAUAUACAUCUGCCUUCUGAUAAACUAACUCUCACCUGAGAGUGUCCUUAUUUGUUGUAUGUAUGUUACGAUAAGUUAUUUUCGUUGCAAUUUCGCGAUCGACAAAAUUAUCGUUUAAGAUUUUAAUGUGGUUGUGCAGAUUACGAUUUAUAUAUUUGUCAAUUAGAUAAAGCAUGCAGGUUAUCUCAAAAUCUUCACGACCUUAAUUUUAAUAUCGAAUUUCCCGAGAAAUUUAGAAUGCAUUAUUUCUUAGGAAUAAUUCCGAGACACGUCACAUUUUUCGCGACAUCUUCAUAUUUGUAAUUAGAUAUCUUCGUAAUUAUAUGUUAGAUUGUAAAAUUUCUGAAAAAUAUAUCUCUUUAUAGCUGAGCUGAAAAAACACAGAUUAUCCUUGAAUUGAUCGAGUAAUCUUCAAUUAGAAUCUUCAAAAAUUAGAUGUUAGAAUUAAGGUCGGAGAGAUUGAGAGAGAAAAUGUAUACCUAAGCCUGACCGCUUACAUACGAUCAACACAGUCAAAUGUGUUGUUGAUUGAGAAACAAUCUUUACCCCACACUCGAUCUCAGUUGCUUUUUAACGUAGAAGGUAACGUCAACAAAACAAUGUAAUAAGAAAAAUGCAAUCAUUAUAUAUGCAAUAUAUUGUUGAUAUAUCGUAAAUUAACGAAUUGGAAUAUCUACAUCGAUAGAUAACGUGGAUAGAUAUUGAUAUAUAAUAAUCCUUCUCUUAAAACAAUCUGGUAUUUUUCUACCAGAAAUGUGAAAUUAGUAAUACAUUAGAAAAUGUAUGAAAAACUGCGAACGCGCGGGAGAUUAACGUCUUUCAUAAUUUUUUAACCCCCCUCGUUGAAGCAGCUCAUGCGUCUGUUGGCUGCUAUUUUACAUAGUGAAGAAUGAUAAGUUGUGACUACGGUCAUCGUUCUGUAGAGAAUGUAGGCCUGUGUGAAGCGCAUAACUAAUAAUCAACGGAAUAAACAUAAAAAACUGUGAUCGAGAUAUAACUCUAUAAGAAGCUGUAUUACUAAGUAACGUUUUUUGCGAGACUGCUCGUCAAUGAGCAAUGAAACUGUCUCAAAUCGAAAAGUAAAUAGACAAACGCGAUUAAAGUUGAUAAACACAACAGAGAUACCUUUCAAAAAGAACCAUAAAUAAAUUAAUUUAUUUCAGCUUUCACGUUUAUAACUGAUAUGUUGAUGAAAAAUAAAUCAUUGAGGAAUCUUUCGCGGUGUACAAUCAAAUAUUAGAAGUAUUAGAAUCUUUUUGAGGAGUUGAACGAUAUUCGUUUGUAACAUUACAGCGUGUCUCUCUGAAGUUCAGAAUCUACCAUAUGAGCUACGGUCGGUACUAAUUCUUGUAUAGUUAAUGAACAUGCCUGAACACAAAUAAGUGUCAGUAUAAAAUUUUUAAAUCAGUGUAACCCCUGCAUGCUAAUUGUUGUGACAUAUCAAUAAAAAGAAAAAACAUUCCUGGA